AUGCGGACAAUCAAUGCUGAGGGGAAUUUGCUACCGCAGGAAGUUACAUUGUACGGUAGUUUGCUCCUGAAUAUCAUUAGUAGUGUUGGUGUUAUUAUUAUCAACAAGAGGCUUGUCUAUAUGGAGGCUGGAUUUCGAUUUGGUACUUUACUUACCAUUAUUCAUUUUAUUGUUUCAUUUUUGGGAUGUCUUUUUUUCGCAAAAAUCAAUUGCUUUGAAAUCAAACCUCUUAAUAUUUCAAAGGUGAUUCCUAUUAGUUUGGCGUUUUGUGGCUAUGUAGUGUUUAACAAUUUAUCUCUCCUUAGUAAUACUGUAAGUGUGUAUCAGACAUCAAAAAUCAUGUGUACUCCUGUUAUUGUAUGGAUUGAGUAUACGUAUUAUCAUAAACGUGAGAAUAUAGGGACAUUACUAUCUCUAGUACCUAUAUGUAUUGGUGUAGGGUUUACAGUUUACUCUGAUACCAAUUUAAAUUUUUCAGGAACUAUUUGGGCAAUUUUAGCCAUCAUUUCAAAUUCUCUUUAUACUAUAUGGGGAAAAACAAAACAAAAUGAAUUAGGGGUUACACCUAUGCAACUUCUUCUUUAUCAAGCCCCUAUUAGUGCAGUUAUGUUGUUAUUUGUACUUCCUUUAGAUGGUAUAGGAGAACUAAUAGCAUACAAAGUUACUUUCACUACUAUUUGGACUGUUGCACUAUCUUGUGUAUUUGCAUUUGGAGUAAAUUUUUCUUUUUUCUUAUUUGUCGGGCAAACAUCACCCCUUUCCAUGAAUGUUGUGGGAUAUUUAAAGACGGCUUUGGUUUUUGUGGGUGGAUUUAUCUUUGUAAGCUCAGAGGCAACUUUGAAAACUAUCUUUGGAGUUUUAUUAACUCUUACGGGUCUUGCAUUUUACACAUACUCAAAAAUGGCAACUCAACGUUUUCCUUCUGUAACAAAAGAAGCAGUCUAA